GCGGUAAGCAGCAUGGCGGAAAUCCUCGAUCCCUCGGUGAAUCCCAUCGCCAGGGCGAAGCGGGAGAAUCUAGGGAAGAAGAAUGGCGCUAUCACGGAGCUCAUUGCGGCGUUGAAAUCAUGCAGCAGCUCCAGGGAUCUGGAGAGCGGGAGGAGAAUCCACGCUCGCGCAGUGGAGGCAGGGAGCGAUGGGAAUCUCUUCGUGGCCAACACGCUGAUCGAUAUGUAUGCCAAGGCUGGGAGCAUGCCGGAUGCGCGAUCGGUGUUUGACGUGAUGAAGCAGCGAAGCCUUGUGUCUUGGAACACCAUUGUUUUGGGGUAUGCCCAGUGUGGCGAGGGCGAGCUAGCGCUGGAGCUCUUCGAGGCAAUGCAGGGACAGGGAUUUCUUCCGGAUUCGUGUAGCAUGGUGGCGGCGCUGAGAGCUUGUACGAGCUUGGCCGAGCAAGAACAGUGGCGGAGGAAGCAGCUUCCAAAGAAAAUGGACAGAGGGAUGGUUUUUCGGGAGGAGCGUGCUCUAGAGAAGGCCCUGGCUCUACACGCUCUUGCAGCGAAGAGAGGACACGAAUCCAACCUCUUUGUGGCGAGCUCGCUGGUGAAUCUCUACUGCAAAGUUGGCAAAGUCGACGAGGCAGUGAAAGUUUUCGACCGGAUGAAGAAGAGAUCGGUGGUGACUUGGAACUCGAUUAUCAUCGGGUGUGCUCAGAACGGGGAGGGCGAGCUCGCCAUGAGAUUGUUUUCGAGGAUGCAAGAAGAGGAGAGUAUGAUCUCGCCAGACUCUUGGACUUUCGUCGCUGCUCUUGAGGCUUGCAUUGGCCUGGCGGAGAAAGAAGAAGGUACUCGCGUAAAUGGAGAGCUUGUGAAGAUGGAGAGCCUGGAAAAAGGAAUGGAGAUUCACUCCCAGGCUCGAGAGAGGGGUCAUACAGCGGAUAUGUUCGUGGCCAACACUUUGAUCGACAUGUACUCGAAGUGUGGAAGGAUUGUGGAGGCACUGGCGGUGUUUGACAGGAUGAAAACUCGCGAUUUAGUCUCGUGGAACAUCAUGCUACUGUCGCUGGCUCAGAAUGGACGAGAACGCCUGGCCUUGACGCUCUUCCAGCUGAUGCAACACGGAGAUGGAAAGCCGAUGGAACCGGACUCUCGAACUUACGUCGCGGCUCUCAAAGCUUGCAGCUCUCUGGCUGCUCGAGAAACACCAUCGCAGAUUGGAGGAAGGACGUAUUCAUAGCCAACACGCUGCUGGAUCUGUAUUGCAAGUGUGGACUACUCGUCGAAGCUCGUCGGGUCUUCGAUGGUAUGAUCCAACGAAGCGUGGUCUCGUGGAACACCCUGAUCCUCGGACACGCACA